AUGUCCCAUCUCCUUAGAGGAAGUAAUCUCAAGGGUUCCGGUGACAUCUCUGAGAAAAUCCGAUCAACUUUAUCCAAAGACGGACGCUUUACAAAGAAUCACCUUGCUCAAGCAGCAGCAUCAUUAACGGAGAAGAAGGAGUUUCUAGCGACCGUGCUAAUAAAUUACGGUCUCCAUCUGACGAGAGUCAAUCUCCACAACGAUAAUCCACCAUUAAUCCCUAGAGGUAAAUUAAUCGGCCUCAACGAUUGUAAAAGGAUGCAGUCAUACAGAGGAACCUAG